AUGGCGGACUACGACAAGCGUCCUCAUGGGGGCUACAACAACCGCAAGCGAAGAUACAAAGACGACGAUGACCACUACGAUCGCCGACAGCAGCGCAGACGAGUCGACUCGGCCCCGGUUCCCGUUCGCCUACGCCGGCAGCUCCUCAGUCUCGCCGAUUCUCCCCUGCGCCAGUGGGGUGCCGAGGUGCAGUCCAUCGCUGGUAUGCUGAGCGACAACCACGAGGAUGAACAGCUGCGCGACACCUUUGUCAACCUUGCUUUGCAGCUGGCUGUCGAGCAGCCGCUGAAAACCCCCUUUGUGGCUGCCGUCGUCCUCGUCGAGAACACGCUCAAGCCCGACAUUGUCGACGUCGUCCUCGUGCGCCUCGCCCAGGCAAUCGACAACAACCUCGCCCUCGGCGACUGGCGACAGGUCAAGCUUCUCCUCAAGUUCUUGGCCUGCCUGCAGUCGUGCUUGGAGGGAGAUGGCGUCUUUCCCCUCCUGGAAGAGCUGUUCAGCCGCGCUGCUGACCUCCAGACGGCAAGCUCAGACGAUACGAUCGGUACGGAAAUAGUCAAGAUGAUCCUCUUGACCAUCCCAUACGCAAUGGCCGCGGCUCCAGGCCAGUUUCAGCAAAAGGCGGCUGACCUGAUGGACAAGACUGACAUCAUCGCCUCCGAGCCGCACGCCCUGCAAGCCCUGGUUGACCCUUUCCACCCCGAGGGCUCCCAAGAGAGCCCCGCUGCUUCUCGUAACCUGUGCAUGCUGUUGCAGAAGCAGCUCCAGGCCGAGGCUGCCAACAACUGGGAGCUUGCCUGUCUGCCCCGCCCCUGGCAGCUGCCCCUGGAGGAAAUUGAGGCUCAGGAUAAGCUUGCAAACGCCCCCAAGCACGCGUUGCCCGUCAUCACCGUCCCCAAGACCGUCGUUGCUGGGCCAAGGCCGCUCUUCCCCGAGGUCUUCUUCUCCGUCUUUGCCGACCAGGACAUUGAAUCUGUCCCCGGAGCAAGCGACAUUGCCGCAUCACUGAUCCGAGAUGGUCUCGUCGACACCAUCAACAUCCUCGACUUCAACCGAAACGCCGUGGCUCGGUACCUGAUGGAUCUCGACUGCUACUUUGCCGACGGCACCUUUGUCAAGCGAGCAACACCCUUUGACGAGCUGCGCAACUUCCCCGAUAGCCGCGCCACGUGGAAGCCAGAAGACGUCGCCAUCGACACCGUCUUCUCCCAACUUUUCCUGCUGCCCAAGCCUGAGCGCAAGGUAGUCUACUAUCACUCCGUGCUCACAGAAGCUUGCAAACUUGCCCCUGCGGCCAUUGCACCCAGCCUCGGCAGAGCUAUAAGAUAUCUAUAUCGAAACGGCCCGCAGAUGGAUCUGGAGCUCAACUACCGUUUCCUCGACUGGUUUUCGCACCACUUGAGCAACUUUGGAUUCACCUGGAAGUGGGCCGAAUGGGUCGACGACACGCAGCUGCCCGAUCUUCACCCUCGCAAAUGGCUCUUGCUGGGUGCGCUGGACAAGGAAGUGCGACUCAGCUUCGCGCAAAGAAUCCAGAAGACACUACCUGAGCCGUAUCAGCCUCUCGUCGGCCCCGAAAAGGAAAAGGACGUGCCGGACUAUAAAUUCGACGAUCCUGACACUCCUUUUGCGAAAGAAGGCCAAGAGAUUGGCGCGCUCCUUAGGCGAAAGGCUCCUGAUGAGGAGUUGCAGGCCGUCAUCGACGGCAUCCAGGCCCAGGCUGCCGAGCGUGCACUCGACCCUGUCGUGACCAGCACAGACGUCUUCAUGACGGCUGUCUGCUGGGUCGGGUCCAAGUCGCUCAGCCACGUGCUAGCCUGCAUUGAUAGAACCAAGGGAAAGCUCGUCGAUGCCGGCUCCGCAUCGCCCGCCGCCCGGGUCCAGAUCAUUGCGGCGGUCAUGAGCUACUGGCACGCGCACCCCGGCGUCGCGUUGUCCAUCCUCGAGAAGCUGCUCAACUACUCGAUACUCACCCCCUUUUCCAUUGUAGACUGGACCCUGGUCGCCAGCACGCCCGCCAACGGCACCAACGGAGGCGAGUCCCUCGGACAGUCGCACAUCUUCGAGCUCGUUUGCAACACCGUCGCCAAGGUCAGCGGUCGGCUUCGCCAGGUGCUGACCUCUGCCGACGCCGACGACGAGACCCGCGAAAAGGAGAUUCUGGCCAUGCGGGAACUCUUCCGCGCCGCCAACGACGCCCUCGUCAGCUGGGCGGGCGGCAGCAAGGACGAGGUGAUGGAGACGGGUGACGGGUCGAGCGAGAAGGAAGCCCUGGUUCGACGCUGGGGCCAGCGCUGGCUCAGGGUCUUUCAGCGCAUGGCGGCGAUUGAGGAGGCGUUUGUUCUCGAGGCCACCAAGGCUAGGGAAGUCCCCAUGGACGUGAAGGCUGUAGAGGGCUAG